GGUUGGUGUAGAUAAAAAUCUCCUUGUGAAGGAUCGUACUCACACUUUUGUUAACAAGGGGGAUGAAAUUGGCAGUAUGAUUUAUGCUUAAACUAAUUUCAGAGAACUUGGGAGAAAAUGCGUCGGGAACUCACUCGUAAGUUCUUACCUGACUGUUACUACCAAGAUAAUUUUGUUAAAUUUCAUAACUUGCAGCAAAAAUCUUUGACUAUGGAAGAAUAUACUAUGGAGUUCAAACAAUUAAUGAUGAAGUGUGAUGUUCGAGAAAAAGAAGAGCAAACCAUAGCAAGAUAUCUUGGAGGAUUAGACAAUGACAUUUCCAAAGUAGUUCAACUUCAACAAUAUUGGACUUUGGAUGAUGUCAUUCGGCUAGCAUUGAGGGUUAAAAAGCAAAUCUCAAAGAAGAAUAUUACUAUUGCUUCAAAACCACGAGAUUUUGAAGCUAGCCAAGGGACCCAAGUCUCAAAGAUUGUUGCUGAAACACCUGCCAAAGUUGAGAAGGAAGUUAGUUCAAGCCGUCCAGCCCAGCCUAACACUCGAAAGUGUUUCAAGUGUCAAGGAUUUGGCCACAUUGGCUUAGACUGUCCCAAUAGGAGAAUUAUCACCAUUAUCGGAGGAGAGAUUCAUGAAGUCUUAGAUGGUGAAGCAAAAAAGGAGAUUAGUGAUGAGAUUAAGCCACAACUUGAGGAAGAACUCAUCGCAGCUGACCAUGGAGAAUCUUUGGUUGUGCAUCGAAGUCCUCAUGAUACCAUAACCAAGGAUGAGGACAAAGCUUUAAUCUCCAGAUCAACCUUUCAGAAGUUGCAUCAAGAAUCGAGGACAGCUUAUCUCUUGCUAUUAUCUAAAGUGAAUGAUGCCACUUCCCCUUUUCCAGAGGAAAUUCGAUCUCUCCUUGAAGAAUUUUCUAAUGUUGUUCCUGAUGAGACCCCUCAUGGAUUACCGCAACUGAGGCAGCCUGUGGGCAUGGGUAACCUUCUGUAUACUCUGUAUGCUGAUUUCUCAUGCUUUGCAGACCUAGCUGUUGCUUCUCCUGAGGAUUACCACGUCGAGGGACAAGGUUCAUUGCUCCAAUGUGUUUUGACACCAGGUGAUUCUUACAUGCCAUUAUCAAAUGAUAAAAUCAUAGAGAGAGUAGCAGAACAGGUUCUGGCUUUAUUUCCAUCAUCCCAAGGUUUGGAAGUUGUUUGGUCUUCUGUUGUCAAAAUCGGGCAAUCCCUAUACCGCGAGGCACCUGGUAAAGAUCCAUUUAGACCUGUUCAGAACUUAGAGAACUUCCUUCCUCGAUGGAUCAUAAACAAAGCAGGAUUACAUAGAUAGCAUGGAUGGAGCAAUGCUGUCUGGCAGACAAGCGUUGGCAUAUAUAUGUGAUGCUGGGGAAGAAUUGGUAGCACUAUGGAAGAAACUUGCUGCCUUUGGAUUGAACAAACAAACAGAAGUUUCAAGCAUCCCUGAUGAGCUAAGUCUUGUAUGACACUUUGCAAUGCAUUUGUAAAGUACUGGCCAACCCUACUGGUGUAAAUUGUAUGAAAACAAAUAUGCCAAAGGGAAAAAAAAAAAAUUAAUAAAGAUCAGUUUCAAAG